AUGAUUCGCUUGCCUUCGCCAGACGACGUACCUGGGCACUACGUCUCCGAAAAGUCAGGGGACGAUGUUCUCGGGGACGGGUCUUUGAAGACCCCGUUCAAGACUCUUCGUCGUCUUUUCCAAACCUUAAGACUCGAAGAUAUAAUGAACCAGAAGAUAUACGUAGUUGACCCCAAUACAGACGAGUGGAUUCCUAUUCCUCAUUCUCGUCUUAAAAAAGCCUACAAAAGCUAUAGGUUGUCGCUUAACAAAGCGGGAAAUCAAACCUCUACAGUUGUUCCGUCCACCGAGAACGCAGUGGAAAUCACAGAAGACACGAGUCUACCUGCUGCUAGUCGCGCGAAGAUCCGCGAUUUGAGUAAAUUUAUCGGUCAGCGAGUCCAAGUCUUCGGUUGGGUUCACAGGAUUCGCCGUCAAAGCAAGCAACUUAUGUUUAUUAUCUUGCGCGAUGGCACUGGACUUCUGCAAUGUCUUCUCACAGGAGACUUGUCUCGCACAGCCGAUGGGCUAACACUCUCCACGGAAUCAUCAGUUUUCGUUAAAGGAACUGUCUCGAAGGUUCCAGCUGGUCAGAAGGCUCCAGGAGACCUGGAGGUACAGGUGGAUUAUUGGGAGUGCAUUGGAAAAGCUCCUGCGGGCGGUGUUGAAGCUGUUGUUACGGACCAAUCAGAGGUGGAUUGGCAGUUAGACCAACGCCACCUCAUGCUUCGCAACACCAAAGGAUACACAAUUGUUAGGCUGGUAGCCAUAAUUGCGGAUGCAUUUCGCGCGCACUACAAAGAUCGCGGAUUUGUUGAGGUCCAUCCCCCAACUCUGGUGCAAACCCAAGUGGAGGGAGGUUCAACACUCUUUAAGCUGGAUUAUUUUGGUGAGCCGGCCUACUUGACGCAGUCGAGUCAGCUUUACUUGGAGACGUGUAUUCCCGCCGUUGGCGACUGCUAUUGUAUGGUUCGCAGCUAUCGAGCUGAAAAGAGCCGUACUCGUCGUCAUCUCUCGGAGUACGUCCAUAUAGAGGCUGAGUCGCCAUUUAUAGAGUUUAAUGAUCUCCUCAACCAAAUCGAGGAUCUUGUUGUUGACGUUUCGGAGCGUGUAAUGCAGCAGGCUGGUGACCUAGUUCGUGAGAUUAAUAACGAAUUCCAGCUUCCUAAGAAACCUUUUAAGCGUCUGGAAUAUCGUCAGGCAUUAACAGAGCUCAAGAAGAGGCACAUCUUCAAAGAGAAUAAUAAACCUUUUGUGUUUGGCGAUGACAUCCCAGAAUUGCCCGAACGCAAAUUGACUGACGAACUAAAUUGCCCCAUUCUAAUGACAAACUUCCCCACCGUAUUGAAACCUUUUUACAUGCAACGUGUCAAAGGGGAUCCAAGUGUGACGGAGUCAGUCGAUCUCUUACUGCCUGGGGUAGGCGAAAUUGUGGGAGGAUCAAUGAGGAUGAUCGACCACAACGACCUUAUGGAAGGGUACAAACGCGAAGGCAUUGAUCCUGCACCUUAUUAUUGGUACACGCAACAGCGUGAAUUUGGGACCUGUUCACAUGGUGGAUACGGCCUUGGUUUUGAACGCUUCUGCACUUGGAUGCUGGGUCAAAACCACAUUCGUGAUGUCUGUCUCUACCCUCGUUACACCGGUCGUUGCAAGCCUUAG